UUGCCAGACAUCUAGAUACAAUAUUGCAAUCUUCUCGCCUCUCAAUGUUUGACACUGAGAGGCUUAUGAAGGAAGAAAAUGGAUUUGAAACUGAGCUAGAUGAAAAGAUCACAGUGCUUGAGAACACUAUGAAUUAUGAACAGCUCAAGCCUGAUGACUUUAAUAAAGUCAUAGAUUAUGUAAAGCCAGAUACUUCUGCAUUGUAUUCUGACAUGGUUGGAAACUCUGAAGAUAUUUGAUCUGAACUGGACUGCAUUUCAGCCUCAGAGGUUGAUUUAAAAGCUGAAGAUAUCCUCAACAUUCUUGGGAGUAAGAAUGUAGAGAAGAAGCAAGAAGGUGACUCCCCAGCUGUUCAAUUCCAUUUCGAUACUAACAUUGAUGGAGUUAUAGGAGCGAUUCUCAAAGUUAAUAAGAAAGAAGAAGAAAAGCCAAAAGUUAUGAAGAAAUCAAGCAUUAGAUAUGCCAACUUCAUUGCUCUAGACAUUUACCCAGUUCAGAUGAGAAUUUAUUCUAAAUUUAAAUUCAAGAAGACUAGGGGAUCUUUCAAAAUGAAGAUACCAAAGACAUUGCUGAAUGUUAUGAGAGACUUGCUCAAGCAAAAUGAAGGGAGUUUCCUCAAAAUAAUUAUCAAAGAAUUCAGCGCAACUCCAGAAUUUGUGGUCUACCAGAGGAAAGCUGAGAUUGCUGACGAGCUCAAGACAAUCAUUUCUGAUGUUUCUCCAGGAAUUAAUUUUGCAUGUGAUGAAAAGGAUGAAGAGGAGAAAGAGCCUGAGCCUGGGAGAACCCUGAAACGCAAGAAAGUUCUAUAAAAAAAUUAAAUUGAGACCAAUUGAAUGGACGUCAAUCUUGA